GAGAUUGAGUCCUUGAAGGAUGAAAAGACAAUGUCUAAAAAGAUCCGAAAAUGAACCAAAAACAAGAAUUAAUAGUAAAUACACUAGACUAGAUUCUCACCAUCUCUACGUGACCAUAUAAAUAUUAAAAAUGCAAUAGUUCCCUUGAAAGACACCAGGUUUAUAAAGUGUUCGAUAAAUCAGAAAAAAAUUCGAACCCUGGUGUGAGUGAAGAAAAGCAAGAAGGAUUAUAAAGAAUGUAGAUGCAGAGGAUUAUGGAAGACCACCUGGUUCCUGGUUUAUGAAAUAUCCCAGGUUUCCCAGGUUCCUUGAGAAAAUAUCAAGAAAAGAAAACGGAUCUUAAACUCACAAUCAAGAAAUCUGAAUUUGAAUAUCUUGAACCCUCUGCAACCUUUACUUUAAGUUACAAAUUCUAAAAAGUGAAAAUAUAUUUAAGUGUAGUUCAAUAUUAUCAAAGGUUCUAAAACUUAAAAUUUGUUGAUUAACAAAUGUCAAGAUGAAAUGUAGACCGUCAUCUCUUGUGCGUGAAAAUAAACCAUCCUUACAUUCUAAUAAUAUCAAGAGUUCAAGUCUCAGGAUGGAUUCUGAGAGAACCCUAGGACUAGCAGGGGUAACUAGAGACGAUUCGGAACCGAACGGAAGUAGGUCCGAGAGUAUCCUGAAAGUCCGGAGCUUGCCCCAGUCAGGACCCAGAGAUAAGGCUUGGAAUAAACCCAAUGCAGGAUAUAGUCCGCCAAAUGAUAAAUUUCUUCCUCAUAACCAUGUGAUAGGAUCCAGAGCUAAAUAUGAGAUGCAAACACUGGACUCAUCCUUCCUUUACGGACAAGGAACAAAGCCCAAACCUGAAUCCCCGAAGAAUAUUUUUUCUGGAAUUUUCCGGCGGGAGAGAAGACCGUCAGAGAAACAUUUAGAGUUUGUUGACAUGUUACAAUUUCCCAAAGGAAACAAUCCUCGGAGAGGAGGAGGGUUCGGAUUAAGUUUUGAAAGAGAUGAAAACGGAUCCCCAGUUAGUGAUAGAUCCUGCAGUCCUGUUAGGGGACGGAAGAAGGUGUUAGGAAUAGGUUCAGACAUACCAACCGAUCACAAGUUUCACACUGCUCCUAGAAUUCACAAAUGGACGAUCCUACAUUAUUCUCCGUUCAAGGCACUCUGGGAUUGGGUGAUUCUAUUCCUGGUGAUAUACACAGCAAUCUUCACUCCAUAUGUCGCGGCCUUUUUAUUAAAUGAACCUGGUUACAACGAUAGGUCUGGACAAAACGAUCCAAUUGUAGUCAUAGAUCUUAUAGUUGAUAUUAUGUUUAUCAUUGAUAUUCUCAUCAACUUCCGAACCACCUACGUCAACGAUCAGGAUGAAGUUGUUAGUCAGCCUUCAAAGAUUGCCGUCCAUUACUUCAGAGGCUGGUUUGUGAUUGAUCUUGUCGCAGCAAUACCAUUCGAUCUUCUACUUUUCGGCUCAGAUACUGAUGAGCAGACGACCACUCUCAUUGGUUUGUUGAAAACUGCCCGGCUCCUCAGACUGGUUAGGGUUGCCCGGAAGAUAGAUAGAUACUCUGAAUAUGGCGCUGCUGUUUUAAUUUUGUUAAUGGCGGCAUUCGCGCUUGUGGCCCAUUGGCUUGCCUGUAUUUGGUAUGCUAUUGGGUAUGCAGAGCGGUCAGGGCCUAAAGCACACAUAGGCUGGCUUGCUAGCUUAGCCAACGCUACAGAUCAACCUUAUAUGGCUAACAAUACUGGCGGGCCUUCAAUUAAGAGCAGAUACUGUACUUCCCUCUACUUUUGUUUCACCGGUCUAAUUUCUGUUGGAUUCGGAAACGUUGCACCAAACACUGACAAUGAGAAGAUAUUUUCUAUCAUCCUCAUGUUGGUUGGAUCUCUGAUGUACGCCAGUAUUUUUGGAAACGUUUCUGCAAUCAUCCAGAGAUUAUAUUCAGGGACUGCCAGGUACCACUCUGCUAUGCAACGAGUCCGUGAGUUCAAUAAAUUCUAUCAGAUUCCAAAUCCUUUAAAACAAAGAUUAGAAGAGUACUUUCAACAUGCCUGGUCGUAUACAAACGGCAUAGAUAUGAAUAUGGUUCUCAAGGGAUUCCCUGACUGUUUACAAGCUGAUAUAUGUGUCCAUUUAAACAGAAAUUUGCUCAAUAACUGUCCUGCCUUUGCCGGAGCAUCUUCAGGUUGUCUCAGAGCACUCUCCAUGAAGUUUAAAACCACACACGCGCCACCUGGUGAUACCUUAGUGCAUCAGGGAGAUGUUCUGGUUUCCUUGUAUUUUAUAUCUCGAGGUUCUAUCGAGAUUGUCAAGGAUGAUGUAGUUCUAGCUAUUCUAGGGAAAGAUGAUGUUUUUGGUGAAAAUCCUUGUAUUCAUGAUACAAUAGGAAAGUCCUCUUGUAACGUUCGUGCCUUGACAUACUGUGAUCUUCAUAAAAUAAUGCGAGAUGAUCUUUUAGAGGUUCUAGAGCUCUACCCGGAGUUCUCAGAAUCAUUCGCCAGUAAUCUACAAGUUACUUUUUCUAUGCGAGAUGACGAGGUGACGGGUGUUGAUCCGUCUGUGUUCCGACGGUAUUUCCGUGAGGAGGAAGAGGAACAACAAGAGCACGAAGAAACCGAGUUCUCUGCUGGAGGAUAUAACAGGUCUGAUGUACGGGAUUACAAGAUGCCUCGGAGAAGAACCACAAAGCGUAGAAAGAGAAGUAAACCUCCGGAUGAAACCAACAGCACUGGUGAGAUAGUUAGUGAGUCACAAUCCAACCUUCCUGCUGCUGAGAAGCUUUCUCUCCGGGCUAGCCAAACUCCUGUCUCCGGGCAAGGGGCUCAACCAAACCUUGAGAACCAAUCUAGUCCAACCCUGAACUCCCAAAGUCAUUCCUAUGAGCAGAGUAGGGAGUCCAACCUGAACUCUUGUUCUCCUGAUAAACCAGUUCUACUUUCUGAAUCCUGUAUCCUAGAGAGGAUAGAUCUCAUUAGCAGACAACUGGAAAAUCUUGAGCUCCGGGUAUCCCGGGAUAUCUACUCUAUCCUGAACCUACUGGAGGAGAGAAGAGACAGUGGAAACCAACCUACUUUAAACCAACCUUAUCCUACCCGCAGUGUAUCCCAACCCUCAGAAAUUGCACAGUAUUCUGAGGAGGGUUGGAGACCAAGUAUACGAGAGAACUCUCAUGAAUCUGAGGGAGGAACAGAAUCCUGGGAAUUUAAAUCUACUCUGGAAGCUCCUAUAGCAAUACUUGAGUCCUUGGAUGAACUUGAAUCCAGCCAGGAAAGCCAAGAGAAACCAUUCCAAGGGAGAACUCACAAAACUUCAGAAGUUUGAAAUAUUAUCAGUCUACUCCUCCUUACUCCUCUAAAGUGUAAUCUCUCCUAUACAAUGUAAUCUCUCCUUCUAUAAUGUAAUCUCUCCUCAACAGUGUAAUAUCUCAACUACAGUGUAAUCUCUCCUCUACUGUGUAAUCUCUCCUC